AUGGUUCACUUUCAUAGAAGGGUUUUCCACCCAACCUGUGAGCAUCAUAAAGUGAAAACAUCGGUUUUCAAUACACUGCACGAGAUCCCCAUAGUUUCAGCUGCUUUACAAUUAUUUCUCACAACCACUCCUUCUAUCACUUCUUCAUUCAUUCAUUCAUUCAUAUGCAUCUCAAGUCACCUAGUCCCUUUUUUUCCCCACCUACUCCACUGAAUCGUUUCACUUACUAGAAAUGAUAUUUCUCUACAUGGGAGAAGGAAUGAAUGAAGCAAUGGAAAAGAAACGGCCCAGGAAGCUGAACUUCAAUGCACCACUCUUGUCAACAAGGCGACCUGCAGGUGGUCACAUUGGUGAUGAACUGUCUUGUACGAAUUCCCAGGGGGGAUGCAAAGAUUCAAGCAAUGGGAUUCCAUUCUGCUGGGAACAGGCUCCAGGAAAGCCCAAGAACUUGGAUGGAAGUAACAACGUAGAUGAUGCGGAAACGCCUCGUCCUAAACUCCCACCGAGCAAAUGGCGUCCGCCAGAAGAAGCCUGCCAGGAUCACAAUCAUGACCACGAUGAAGGCUGUGAUGCUGAUGUGGAUGACUACGACGAUGACAACAACGUUGAUGUUUUCUCGGAUGCUAUGGAAGUUUUGUCACUUACACAAGCAAUAGACAUUGUUGAGAAAGCAGAAAAGUUUCGUGGAUCAUCAGACGGGUUAAAAUCAAAGAGUUUAGAGCCUAGUGACUUAGAUGGGUUAAACCUGGAGAGCUUAGAUCGCAGUGAUUGCCCAUCUCCAAGCUUCAUAAUCGAGCGCUUCCUUCCUGACGCCACAGCUUUGGCUGCAUCAUCUGCUAUGAACACGUCGUUGAAAACAAAGCUUCCUUAUCUCUGCAAUUACUCAGAGUCGCCAUGUGUUUCCCAAGCAGUGAUAAAUCGACCAUUCUCUUCCCCAAAGGGUUGCGGCCUGGAAAUCUUGCUGCCAUGGCGUAUGAAGCACAAGCUGUGCGGUGUAAAAAGUCCAAUCAAGGAAAGCUCUAUCAUCGUAAAACCAACAACUAGUUCAAAGCAGAAGAAACUAUUUUCAUCAAUUGUUGCCCCUUCUGGAGAAUGGAGAUGUAAAUAAAAGAGGUUUGCUAUGUAUAGAUAUAUAUAUACACUGCAUGAAAUCCUACUGGAACUGAAACAUUCUUCUUUCUUUCUCA